AUGCUUGCAGAGGUGCGCGUGCCGCUCAAACAGGCGGACAAUUCUGAGGAUGGGUACUGGGCGGAUGCAAAAGAAGUGUCGGACGAGCUGCAGGCGGGACCAUCGAGGAUAGACGGUCGCGGAAAAAUAUAUGCCAUGCGAGGUCAUUACCGCCAGUACUUUGUGCGGAUCACUCCCGAGAGCGGUCUGGAGUAUACUUCUGCGAACUUGAAGGUAUCCCAAGAGCGGACACUCGAGCUUUACGUCGAAGACGUUAGUGAUAUGUUUCGUUCCGUGGCCGUCCUCAAUACUGACUGA